CUCAUACUCGGCGUCCAGCACUUCGCGCCGGGUGGACUCAUAACAACAAUGGCCGCCGUCGUUCCCUCGCGCUUGGCAGCGCUCAACCGCCUACGCUGCGAGAUCUUCCAGACUUCGUAUAACCCUACGUCCGUCCGUACGGGAGCAAAGUACCUGCGCGCACGUCUGCGCGGUCCGUCCAUGGUCCAGUACUACCCCGAGGAGCUCACGGUCGCGAAGUUCAACCGCAUGCCUGGAGCAUUCAAAAUCCAGGACUGGGCGGAGUACCAGCGCCUUGCGGACGUGGAGGAGAAGAAGCGGAGAGGAAAGGGUGCGCCGAAGAAGGCGAAGACGCAAGCCGACAGUCGGAGGAUGUCUCGCAAGCGGUAGUCUGCACUCUUCGCGCACCACCGUCUACCAGCUACAUACAUUUCGUCUUAAUGCUGCAUCACCGUGUUCCGCUCUGCCUGAAAUCUGCACACUGCCAUCUGGAUUCUAUGGCGACCCUCUUGUCUGAGGAACCCCAAUC